AUGGCGACGACACAGUAUACCUUUUUUGAUAUCCCAACGAAUACAAAUCCCCCAAGGAGCUGGUCACCAAAUGUCUGGAAUGCCCGUGGUGUUCUGAACUAUAAGAAAGUGCCAUAUGAGACCGAAUGGGUCGAGUACCCUGAUAUUCGAGUCCGUCUUGGGGCAAUGGGAAUACCUUCAAAAGGCGGAUUGAUGCCAUUCACCCUCCCGAUGAUGCGUGUAACCACAACUCCAGCAGAUGGUUCGGAGCCUCAAGUUACCUACCUCACCGACAGCUUCGACAUCGCCAAAUACCUCAAUGAUAACCAUCCAACUCCACCAAUUGACUUUGAUAGUACCAUUACUGACGAAGCUGUCAAGAUGUUUAACGCAAAUCUAAUGGACUCAUUCGUUGGAUUGGUACUCUGUGAUGUACCUUUAGUUCUCCCUGAAAGGAGUGCAGCGUACUUUAAGGAGACGCGACCAAAGUGGAUGAUGAUGCCGGUUGAAGAUUUCAAACAGAAGAAGAUCAAUGAAGGGGCAUGGGAGAAGAUGGAGAAUGGAAUGAAGGUCUGGGCUGAAUAUAUUGGGAAGAAUGGUGGACCGUUUAUACAAGGGGACAAGGUUAGCUAUGCGGAUUUUAAGAUGCUGGGGUAUCUCCUGUGGGCGAGAGAAGCAGGGUCAGGGGAUGUUUGGGAGAAAGUUGAGGGAUGGGGUGGGGAGGUUUUGAAGAAGUUUGUGCGGGCCUUCGAGGAAAAUGGGGUUUUGGAGAGGAUUACCUACUAG